AUGUUUUAUUCUGUUUUAUUUUUCAUUGCUCUCACGACACUAGUUUUUAUAACUUUUAUACUUCUCAAUAAAUCACAAUUACAAUUUGAAGAAAAACUAACCUCUAAAACUAUAAUCAUAUGCCUUUUUGGCCUUAUUGUUUUAAUGAAUUAAAUUUAGCUAAUGAGUUAAUUCAAAUCUACAAAUAAACUUCUAAAUAUUUUUAGUGCAUUGGAUUUAAUCGAACUACCAUAAAAUAUAAACAUUUAAGAACUCAAUGUUCUCUUCAAUAAAACUAAAGGAAUCUAUUUAACAAAUAAUACUUUACCUUAUAGCCUUUAAUAAUAGUUCGAGAACACUUAAAAACCUUAUUUGCAUAUAAAUUUUGAUCAUUAUUCAGCUUUAAAUAUAGAUUCCAUUUAUUUAAAUAAGAAAAUGAGUUAAUUAUAUAAUGAAUUGCUUUAAUAAAAAUAGCAGCCAUCAAUCUUAAUUAUAAAAAUUGAAUCAAUUAAUACAGAAUUCUUUGAAUAUUUAGAGUAAAUAUUUGAAUAAAGUGAAUGCACUUUGAUAUUAUAUGGAUCUCAAAUUAAACAAAUUAGACAUAUUUGUAAUUAUAUUGACCCUUAUUAGAAGUGCCAUCUUUUUAUAGAUUUUCUUAGUAAUUACUAAUAUGA